AUGCUGCCGCCCUUGCGCAUCCUGGCUCGCGCGAGCCGCCUCAUCGGUAUUGGACUACGUGCGGAGACUGCACCUGGGACUCGGCCUCCCAAGCUGUCCAAUCAUGACAUUGAAGUGUGCGAAAGCGGCGUGGCAGCAUCGACCAUGGCGGCAACUCCGACAUCGUACAGCUUAAGCUCGCUCAACCUCAACUGGAAACAUGACAAUGACAAUUUGAAAGAAGUUAUAGUCGCAUUCCAUGGUGUCUCACCACAUUGCGCCAGUAUGCGUAACGUUGGGCCUCGUGCAUGGAGCCGAACGGCCAUGAAGCAAGGCUGGGACUUUUCUCAGGCUGACUCUUCAAUCUUGCGUGUGGGCGGCUUCGUUGGCGUAUUCAUCUUCUCAUUUGCCCAGCUGUUGCUGGUGAGCCUCAUCUAG